CAUCGAAAGAGAAAACUAUUAUUGGCUUUUGAUUGGUUCAAAUCGAUUUGACAGACAGUGAACAAUUAAGUGUUUUUUACCAAAAAAUUUUAUACGAAAAAUCGUGCAUCGGUUUUGUAAUUUGGUUCAUGCGAAAUGAACAGCAUCAAAUAGAGAAAGCGGUAGUGUUAACAAUUUUUUUUUGCCUGAUUUAUCAUCGUUCAAUUCAAUUUCUCGCCCGAAGUUCGAAACAGUGAGUUAGUUUGAGUUAAAAGAACAGUUCAAUUGAACGCUUCCGGUUCAAACAAAAAAGAAAUAGUUUAGUUGACAGAAAAGCGAUCGAAUUUCGACAAACGUGAAAACAAAGAACCAAAAUUAUUGUUGAUGGUUCGAGAAAGAAACUAGAAAAAAAGAGAGCAAAGUUGUAAAGAAUACCAUCAAGAAGGCAGUUGAAAAACGCACACUCCAUUGGGUGUACAAUAAAACAUACAUAUAUAUACGUGUAUAGUAUAUCACACAUACAGUGAAACGGAGCCGAGUUUCUAUCGCCCCGAUUGAUUGUUGAAUUGUGUACAUAUACAUACCAGUCAUACACACACACACACAAUCAUACAUACCAGUCAAAACGUUUGAAACGUCGUUAUACGCAUUUAUCGUUUUAUCCGUUCGUAUUAGAAAGGAGUGAGUGUGUGUCACUGUGAGAAAUAUAGUCAUCAUCGUGUUUCGAUUGAAAGGUUCGUACAUCUGAGGCCAAACCAGAGAUAUUUCUUUUACACGCAAAUACACCGUAUACAAAUCAUAUAUAAAGAAAGCGUCAACGACAAAGACACAAUGGCAAAAACAUAUGAUUAUUUAUUUAAAUUGCUGUUAAUUGGUGAUUCGGGUGUUGGAAAAACCUGCAUUCUUUUCCGUUUCUCAGAAGAUGCGUUCAACACGACAUUCAUUUCAACCAUAGGUAUUGAUUUUAAAAUUAGAACGAUCGAAUUAGAUGGGAAAAAAAUCAAGCUUCAAAUAUGGGAUACGGCCGGUCAGGAGCGUUUUAGAACAAUCACCACAGCAUAUUAUCGUGGCGCAAUGGGAAUUAUGCUUGUGUACGAUAUAACAGAUGAAAAAUCAUUCGAAAACAUUAAAAACUGGAUUAGAAAUAUUGAAGAGAAUGCUUCGGCCGAUGUGGAAAAAAUGCUCCUAGGAAAUAAAUGUGAACUCAAUGAAAAACGACAGGUAACGAAAGAUCGUGGCGAAAAAUUGGCUGUUGAGUAUGGCAUAAAAUUCGUUGAAACUUCGGCUAAGGCGAGCAUCAAUGUUGAAGAGGCAUUCUUUACGCUUGCCAGCGACAUCAAAGCGAAAAUGGAAAAACGAAUGGAAACAAAUAAUCCACCCAAAGGCGGCCAUCAACUGCGUGCCUCAGAACCAAAAAGGAAAACCGACAGUUGGUUAUCUCGAUGCAGUCUACUUUGACCUGGUUACAAUUAUAUUAUGUGUGUAUAAAUAAUUAUUACCCAGAAUGAAAAAAAAAAACAAUGGAGUUAAAUCACAACACAAAAUUUCAAAAGAAAUU